GCUCCGUCCUCCCCUCACACACCAGCCCGGACUUCUCCGCCACCGCACACUGCAGAGCUCCGGGGGGCCCCGACCCUGAGAGAUCCUACAGCCUGGCCGGCCGCACUGCAUGCCGGGAUUCGUAGUCCCCCCCACGCCUCCGACCAGCCGCCUCCGCAGGAGAGAACUACAAUCCCAGCGGGCUGUGCGGGGCCGGGGCUCAUACACCGCCUCUACUGUCACUGAGGUGGGAGAGGGAAGGGAAAUGCGGCUGUGAGGAGGAUACGUACCGGGAAUACACGGCUCCCCUCCCCCCACACCACCGAGCCGGGUCAUGAAUCCAUUUCACUGACGGGAUCCCAUACCUGAGAAACCUGAGCAGAAGACUGUAUAGUUCUUAUUUCUGAUGGUAACCGUUGGCUGAUGUGAGCACCAGUUAUCAGGCCAGCGCCUUAGGGACCUUCCUUACCAGCUACAAGCCUCUUGCCAAGGGCAGCAUCGGGUUUAUAAAUAAAAGACUUUUACGCUGGAAUUUUGUCCUGAUCGUCAGCUUGAGGAACAAACAUUUAUCCUAAUGUGCUCUACACUUACCCUGGAGGGAUAAUAUGGACUGGGACUGUACUGCAGCCAUGCAGUUGGGAAUGCGUGUGGUUCGAGGCGUUGACUGGAAGUGGGUGAACCAGGAUAACGGCGAGGGCAGCCUGGGUACUGUGGUAGAAAUUGGACGCCAAGGCAGCCCUACAACACCUGAUAAAACUGUAGUGGUUCAGUGGGAUCAUGGCACAAGAACAAACUACCGCACUGGAUUCCAAGGCUCCUAUGAUCUGUUGCUGUAUGAUAAUGCUCAGACAGGUGUCCGCCAUCCAAAUAUCAUCUGCGACUGCUGUAAGAAGCAUGGAAUUCGUGGCAUGCGCUGGAAGUGCAAAGUGUGCUUUGACUACGAUCUGUGCACGCAGUGUUACAUGAACAACAAGCACGAUCUUUCCCAUGCCUUUGAGAGAUACGAAACUGCCCAUUCCAGGUCGGUCUCAUUGACGCCUCGCCAAGGCUUACCACGCUUGGUGCUUAAAGGAAUCUUCCAGGGUGCCAAAGUGGUGCGAGGACCUGACUGGGAAUGGGGGAACCAAGAUGGUGGGGAAUCUAAAGUCGGCCGGGUUGUGGACAUUCGUGGAUGGGAUGUGGAAACAGGACGCAGCGUGGCAAGUGUAACUUGGGCUGAUGGCACCACUAAUGUUUACAGAGUUGGGCACAAGGGCAAAGUAGAUCUAAAGUGCAUCGCAGAAGCUCAAGGAGGACAUUACUACAAAGAUCACUUACCUAAGCUUGGAAAACCGGCAGAGAUUCAGAGGAAAGAGAGUUCAGAACGGCAUCCAUUCCAGCAUGGUGACAAAGUGAAGUGUCUCUUAGAUGUUGAAAUUUUGCGGGAAAUGCAAGAGGGGCAUGGAGGCUGGAAUCCAAAAAUGGCAGAGUUUAUAGGUCAAACCGGAACAGUUCACAGAAUCACAGAGAGGGGAGAUGUCCGAGUGCAGUACAACAGUGAAACACGCUGGACCUUCCACCCUGGUGCUCUGACAAAGGUACCGCAAGAUCACAACAGCAUUUGGGUUGGUGAUGUUGUGCGUGUGAUGGAUGACAUGGAUACAGUCAAGAAGCUACAAGUUGGUCACGGGGAGUGGACAGAUGAUAUGGCCCCUGCUCUGGGUCAAAUCGGCAAAGUUAUUAAAGUGUUUGGAGAUGGAGACAUGAGAGUGUCUGUUGGUGGCCAGUCCUGGACGUUUAACCCUGCUUGCCUCUCUUCCUAUCAGAGAGACAAUGAUGCCAAUCUCAUGACAACAGAAAAUGCCAAGGAGUCCAAAAGUACACUGGUCUCCAUGUUAGAAAAGAUUCUGGCUCAGAAGACAGAUUGUGAAAGUCCCAGUUCCCUGGUGAUAGAAGCGGCCCAGGGAAACAAUGGCAAAGUGAGGGAGAUGCUCCAGAAGCACCCAGACAAGGUGGAUAUAAGGAACCAGGGAAGGACAGCUCUACAGGUGGCUUCCCACUUGGGACAUGUGGAGGUGGUGAAGAUCUUAAUUCAAGCCAAUGCAAACAUCGACCUUAAGGAUGACGAAGGAGAUUCUGCAUUACAUUAUGCUGCUUAUGGUAACCAGGGUGCUAUCAUCCGACUGUUGCUGGCAAAAGGAGCCAACGCCGAGUUACUUAAUAAUGCCAAGUGUACUGCUCUGUACAUAGCUGUCAAUAAAGGCUUCACGGAGGUGGUGCAAAUACUCUGUAUGCCCAACUGUGCCAUCAAUGUCCAGGACUUACAUGGAGACACACCGCUGCAUUAUGCUAUCACAGCAGACUACAGAAGUAUCAUAGAGAUCCUUACUGAAGUACCAAAUAUUGAUUUCACUGUGCAGAAUCAGCAAGGCUUCAACCUGCUUCAUCACUCAGCUCUGAAAGGGAAUGUUUUAGCUGUCCAGAAGAUUCUGGAAAGAGCACGGCAGUUGGUAGACUCCAAGAAAGAAGAUGGCUUCACCGCCCUGCACCUGGCAACACUGAACAACCAUCAGGAAGUGGUGGAGAUCUUAGUCAAAGAGGGACGGUGUGAUGUCAAUCUCAGGAACAACAGAAACCAAACUCCUCUACACCUGGCAGUGACUCAUGGGUACAUUAACCUUGUGCAACUUCUUGUGACAGAGGGAGGCGAUGUAAAUGCAGAAGAUGAGGAUGGGGAGACUCCUAUGCACAUAGUACUAGUACAGCAGCACCUCACCUCUCUGGAGCCUGAAGGAGUUGGCUCAGCUAUGCUCAACAAGCUGCAAGCUACUGGGUUACUUGGGAGCACAGAAUUAAAUGUUGGAACGGCAAUUUCUUGCUUCUUGGCUUUGUCGGGGGCAGACAUUACCUAUGCCAAUCACAGAGGAAAAUCUCCUUUGGACCUGAUAACCGAUGGGAGGAUGGCGCACAUUGUGAAAAACUUUGCUCAGAGAUUCAGGGAGCAACAAGCUGAGUCAGAUUCCGCUACCAUCAGCUGCACCCUUCGCAGGGUACACACCACCCCUAACACCAUGACCAACCUAAGCCUGCCCACUUCUACCAGUCCUGCCGAGUGCCUGGUAUGCUCAGAGCUUGCAGUGCUCAUCAGCUUCUUUCCUUGCCAUCACAGCAUAGUGUGUGAAGAAUGUUCCAGAAGAAUGAAGAAAUGCAUAAAAUGCCAGGUGACAAUCACCAAAAAGCUUAGGCAAGACAGCACAGAGGUGGAUGGCAUUCCCAGCCAAGAAGCUUCAGACACGCGAAAGAUGAUGGAAGAGCUUCAGAACAGAUAUCGUCAGAUGGAGGAACGGAUCACCUGUCCUAUCUGCAUCGACAGUCACAUCAAGCUUGUGUUUCAGUGUGGCCAUGGUUCCUGCACAGAAUGCAGUACAUCCCUCAAUUCAUGCCCUAUCUGUAGGCAAGCUAUCCGGGAACGAAUACAGAUAUUUGUUUGAAACAGACUUGUUGGUGUGACUGCAGUGUUGGGCACCGCUGUAUACCCUAAGGACACUAUAUACGCCUGAGCAAAGCAUGAUAGGGUUGACCCUCUCAAGACAAGGUGUUUGGAGACAAGAGAGAGGUCCAACUCUGCUCAAGAUGAAAACGUGGCUGCUGUGUGUGUUCUAAACACUAAAAAAAAAAAACAAUAUCUAUCAAUAUCUACACUGGAAGGGCUAAUAUAAUGCAGUCUUCCUGAAACCACAUUUUUCAGAGGGACAGAAAAAGCCUACAACAUUACCCGUUCAACUUUGCCAUGUCAGCCCAUUCCCGGUUUUCUUUUUGUACGUUUCUCUACAAUGAACCCAAAUCAUAGCCUUCCAACAACAAACUAUGUUGCAUAUAUUUUCAUCAUACUUGACCGUGAGAUGUAGCAUCACAGCAAUAACAAUAGGUAGACACCCAUUGUUGGCCAAGGAAUGUCAAACUGUAAAAUUGAUCUGUGACUAAUGUUCGAGAAACAAGAAUCCAUAACUGACAGGGGUGGCUCGUUCCAGUUUACAAAGGAUGUCAUUUGCAAGAAAAACAAUAAAAAAAAAAAAGUAUGGACUGUCAUGUUAGAUUCUGCCAAUCAUUAAGUUACUUAGGACUCAUACCAGUAGGCAGUAAAUGAAAUAUCUUCAAAAAGGAAAUAAAUUAUUUAAUUAUA